UGCUGGGAACUCGCCCGCCGUGUCCCUCCGCGCCGACGGGGACUUUUCGGUGGGGAUUUUGGGCGCCGACCAGACGCGGCAUUUUCGGAAAAUAGCGCCCUGUGCAGCGAAGCGCUCUGUGUGUGGCGGGGCCGCGUCAGCCCUGCCGGCUCCGAGGCGCCGCGGUCCCCGCACCUCCUCCCGCUGCUCCCCCGCCGCCGCUCCCGAAGCUUUUCCAGGUCAGUGCGGGUCUGUGUAGGGCCCUGUUACCACCGGAUGUGGAAGUUGAUCUCUUCGCUGAUGUCCCUGGUAGAUUUGGGGAAGAAGCUUUUAGAAGCGGCACGAGCAGGUCAAGAUGACGAAGUUCGUAUUUUGAUGGCAAAUGGAGCUCCUUUUACUACAGACUGGUUGGGAACUUCUCCACUUCAUCUGGCCGCACAGUAUGGGCAUUACUCUACCACAGAGGUACUUCUCCGAGCCGGUGUAAGUAGGGAUGCCAGGACCAAAGUGGACCGGACACCAUUGCACAUGGCAGCUUCUGAGGGCCAUGCCAGCAUAGUAGAAGUUUUACUUAAGCAUGGUGCUGACGUCAAUGCAAAGGAUAUGUUAAAGAUGACAGCUCUGCAUUGGGCAACAGAACAUAAUCAUCAAGAGGUGGUGGAACUUUUAAUCAAAUAUGGUGCUGAUGUACACACGCAGAGUAAAUUUUGUAAAACUGCAUUUGAUAUUUCAAUAGACAAUGGAAAUGAAGAUUUAGCAGAGAUAUUACAGAUUGCUAUGCAGAACCAAAUCAACACCAACCCGGAGAGUCCUGACACUGUGACAAUACACACUGCCACACCACAGUUCAUCAUUGGACCUGGAGGGGUGGUGAACCUAACAGAUGAAACAGGAGUAUCUGCUGUUCAGUUUGGGAACUCCUCUACAUCAGUAUUAGCUACAUUAGCUGCCUUAGCGGAGGCGUCUGCCCCAUUGUCCAACUCUUCAGAGACUCCAGUAGUGGCCACAGAGGAAGUGGUUACCGCAGAAUCUGUCGAUGGUGCAAUUCAGCAAGUAGUUAGCUCAGGGGGUCAGCAAGUCAUCACCAUAGUUACAGAUGGACUCCAGCUGGGAAACUUGCACUCCAUUCCAACCAGUGGGAUGGGUCAGCCCAUCAUUGUGACCAUGCCUGAUGGACAGCAAGUAUUAACAGUACCAGCAACAGACAUUGCUGAAGAAACUGUUAUCAGUGAAGAGCCGCCUGCUAAGAGACAGUGUAUGGAAAUAAUUGAGAACCGGGUGGAAUCUGCAGAAAUUGAAGUAAGGAGCCUUUUACCCGGAGAGAGAAGCACUUCAGAAACAGCUGGACGAGGCGAACCGUGAGGCGCAGAAGUACCGGCAGCAGCUGCUCAAGAAGGAGCAGGAGGCGGAGGCCUACAGGCAGAAGCUGGAGGCCAUGACGCGCCUCCAGACCAGCAAAGAGGCUGUCUAGCCGCCUGACACGAACAUGAGUUUGAUUUUACCUUUUGUCCAGAAAGAAUGCAGUCUUGAACUGCGCACAGUAAAGACACAGCCACGGGAGUACUGAAUACUAGAAAAUACUACAGAUUGGUAAUGGGACUUAAGCCAUGAGCUCUGAAUUCCUGUAAUAUAAAACUUUAGAACUUGUGAAAUGUAUUUAAAACUGAAUUCUGUAAAUAGUUUUUUGGUUGUUUCUUUUUUUACAGUUACAAAUGAGUUGAUAAAGAUUGUUGAGGAGAUCCAAAAACCAUAGUAAGGCACUGUUACAGGCAAUUCUUGAUUUGGGUACAGACUUCAUAUCUCAGAAACAGAAGUUCGAAGGGUGGUCAUUGUUGGUUAGACCAAAUGUGUGCUAAUUAUGGUGGACUGAUGUUGGAAAUAACUCUGCAAAGAGAUUUCUCCCAGGAACUUUUGUACAGCUUUUAAGUUGUCUCAGGUUCACUGAAAACAUUUUUUUAGGAAGCAGAAAUUUUAUAUUUGUUCAAUUUCAGCUACACGCAAGUAGAUUUACAUGUAUAUGAAGCAAAUAUUUUUAAAAUUUUGUUUGUACAUAUUCUGCAUGUUCUAUGAUUUUAAGAUGCAUCCCUUGCUUAGAUAUGUUUCCCACAAAGACGAUGAAAGUUACCAGGAAACACAUAAGGCACGCUGUCGUUCUGUCAGCCACUGAGAGGAAGUAAGCAGCUGGGUUAGCUGGCAACCCUGACAAUGUUCUUGGAAGGAGCAGCUUGCAAGAGAACGUGAAUCUGCAAAAUCUAUGCUUUUUUGAAAAUUCCAUUAUGGGGACGUGAGACUGUAUUCUGUGCCUUCCAUCAUGAUUUCCACGUGAGCACUUUGAGGCGCUGGAUUUUAAGAUAAUGUUUUUGGCAAACUCAGUGCAUUUGGGUUUCUGAAAUAUUUCAUGGACUUACUCCCCCCGCCCAAGAAAUUAUUCUUAUGGAAAAUUGCUUUUGUAUGUAGAACAGGAACCUUUUGUACUCAGUGAUGCUAUAGAUACGUCUAAUGUAACUCCCGCUAUUCCCUGUGAAGCUCCAGGCCUGCGUUGCAGCUCAGUUUCGUCACAACACGGUCCAUUCCACAGUGUGUGGACAUUUAGCAGGCUCUUCCAUUCUGUUUCGUAAAAUGUAACUUCAAGCUCUUUAUUUUUUUUUUAUUGCUUUAUGAAAACGUUUAACCCCAAAACUACUCUAGAUGACCUGUAUAAAGAACCAAUUACCUUCAAGACUGUACUCUGGCCUCCUUUUCUAUUUUACAAUUAAAUAUCUUUCCACAUA